AUGGGCGACGUGCAGACUCCACAGACAAAAGCUGACGUGCAGACACCACGGACAAAGGCUGAUAUGCUCACUUCUGACGUUGUGGCUGUGUACACUAUCGAGAGCCUGACCGUGUCACACACGAUGUACAGGUACAUAUGUACCGCUGAAAACUCUGAAGGAAGCAUGAAGAAAGAAUUGACCCUGACAAGACCAUCUAAAGAUUAUGACCCAGAAAUGUAUCUACACCCGACCAGGCAUCCAGCCAGACCAGAUGACCAAUCCUCCACCGAAUCCGACGAGCAAGUAGACCGCGAUUCUCUGGGAUAUCAUUUGCCAACAUCACUGUCAACAUUGUCGAGUUCGGAUGAGAAUUUCUCUGCAGUCACCAAUGCUAGAAACACUUUGCGCGGGAUACCCCGUAUUGAGAUAGAGGAAAACGUUUAUGACACACAGAUGUAUCUCCAUCCUACACCGGCUCCAAGAAGAGUUCCAGUGAUUGACGAGGAAGAAGAAGACACGUACUCAGCCAACGCCACGCCCACUAGCACACCCUCUUUCACGCCCAUUUUCCAGGUGGCCCGAGUUCCUGCAGAACGUAACGUCUCAUUACGGGUGCCAGUUUGUGACACAAUCAUUCUCAUCAUCGGUCCCAUCACCAGUCUCAGUACCGGUGCCAGUUUGUGA